GGAGACUCCGGGGCUGCGGCGCUGCCAGCCCGCGCGCCCCGCCUGCAGAGUCGGCAGCCGCGCAUCGCCUGCACACGCCGCCGCCAUGGGCUCUUGAGGCUAGGUCAUCCCAGGGAGCCCCCUGCUGCUGGCACCAUGACGGUGAGGGGGGCCGCGCUGGCCCCGGACCCAGCCUCACCUACAACUGCAGCAGCUUCUCCCAGCGUCACCGCCAUUCCGGAGGGCAGUCCCACAGCCAUGGAGCAGCCUGUGUUCCUGAUGACAACCGCAGCACAGGCCAUCUCUGGCUUCUUCGUGUGGACGGCUCUGCUUAUCACCUGCCACCAGAUCUACAUGCAUCUGCGUUGCUACAGCUGCCCCAACGAGCAGCGCUACAUCGUGCGCAUCCUCUUCAUCGUGCCCAUCUACGCCUUUGACUCCUGGCUCAGCCUCCUCUUCUUCACCAACGACCAGUACUACGUGUACUUCGGCACCGUGCGUGACUGCUACGAGGCCUUGGUCAUCUAUAACUUCCUGAGCCUGUGCUAUGAGUACCUUGGAGGAGAAAGUUCCAUCAUGUCUGAGAUCAGAGGGAAGCCCAUUGAGUCCAGCUGUAUGUAUGGCACGUGCUGCCUCUGGGGAAAGACUUACUCCAUCGGAUUCCUGCGGUUCUGCAAACAGGCCACACUGCAGUUCUGUGUGGUGAAGCCGCUGAUGGCCGUCAGCACCGUGGUCCUGCAGGCCUUUGGCAAGUACCGGGACGGUGACUUCGACGUCACCAGUGGCUACCUCUACGUGACCAUCAUCUACAACAUCUCUGUCAGCCUGGCCCUCUACGCCCUCUUCCUUUUCUACUUCGCCACCCGCGAGCUGCUUAGCCCCUACAGCCCAGUCCUCAAGUUCUUCAUGGUCAAGUCCGUCAUCUUUCUCUCCUUCUGGCAAGGUAUGCUCCUGGCCAUCCUGGAAAAGUGCGGUGCCAUCCCCAAGAUCCACUCGGCUCGCGUGUCGGUGGGCGAGGGCACCGUGGCUGCUGGCUAUCAGGACUUCAUUAUCUGUGUGGAGAUGUUCUUUGCAGCGCUGGCCCUGCGGCACGCCUUCACUUACAAGGUCUAUGCCGACAAGAGGCUGGAUGCGCAAGGCCGCUGUGCCCCCAUGAAGAGCAUCUCCAGCAGCCUCAAGGAGACCAUGAACCCGCACGACAUUGUACAGGACGCCAUCCAUAACUUCUCGCCUGCCUACCAGCAGUACACACAGCAGUCCACCCUGGAGCCUGGCCCCACCUGGCGCGGCGGCACCCAUGGCGUCUCACGCUCCCACAGCCUCAGUGGCGCCCGUGACAACGAGAAGACUCUCCUGCUCAGCUCGGACGAUGAGUUCUAGGUGCCGGCUGCUGGGGGACACAGGAUCGAGGGCCUCCCUCCUGCCUCAAAUCCGGGCCAGGAGACUGGCCAGACAAGCUUUGGUGAUGUCCUUUAAUUUAUUGGACCAGAAACACAUAUCACUUCUAGAGGAACAGCCUGAUGCUGUCUGCCUAGGCACAGCCCGGCUCCCCACGAGCCUUCAGAAAUACUUCUACAUGGCCAACCCUGCACUACCCUUCACGGGAUGCAGGAGAUGGGGAGCACCUCCCCUGCUCCACCACACCUUCUGUGGGCGCACGCUGGGACCAGUCCCACCCAGGCCCCCCCGCACCGCCCCGUCAUUCCCCUCCCUCGGAGACUCUUACACUGAGGUCCUCGGGCCCUAGACCCCCAGCACAGGGAGGGGGCAGCUCCACUCCCCACACCAUGCAGUACUUGGACCUGGCUCUUCCCUGCCCACUCCCUCCCCUGUACAGUGCUAACCCACCGCACCCUGGCAGGAGGGAAGAAGGAGGGGGCUGCUGACACUCUCUGUGGACCCCCCUGACCCAUGCUGCAAGGAUCAGAGCCACGGCCUGCCUGGGCGAGCUGGUGCCUCAGGGCCCCUCUUAUCUUGAUGGAGCCUCUCCCAGGGAGUGGGGCACCUCUGUCCCUUGGGUGUCCACUCCCUGGCUGCCCCUUACUCCUGGCCUGCUGCAGACAGCCAGCAGCCCGCUGCCCUCUCCCUUGGGGCCCCUCUUGACCAAGUUUUGAGCAGAGCCCUUCCUGACUGCUCGGGCCUGACUCCCCUUCCCAGGCCAGCUCUCAGCACCUCUGCUGGGUUCGGGUCUCCCCAGGAUUCUCCCCCUGCGUUUCAGAGCAGCUUCUGCAGGAACACAGUCCUGGGACAGGAGCAGGGCCUGCUGUGGGGGGGAGUGGGCGUGGCUCCCGGCCCUUCUUCCUGGGCCCAUGCCCACAGAGGGCCUGCUGCCCUGCCCCAUCUGGCCCCCAGCCCAUCUCUUCUGUGCCUUAGUCACACACAAAAGCUUCCCCCUCCCCAGGCCCUCAGUCUGUCCCAGACCCUCCGUGGGUCACUAGGGUCAUUAUUAAGCUCUGGCGCUUGGAGGAUCCUGCAGUGCUGGGCCUUGCACCCCAGGACAAGCCUCAGGAGCAGCCAGGACCACCAGCCCCCUCCCCUCACCCCCUCCCAGGGCCAGAGGCCCCAGGCAGGCCAGGGUUCCACCAGGCAGCUGUCUUAGGAAGGGCCUCUGACAUUUUGCCUCUUUACAGAUAGCACAUCCCGUCGUUUGAGACCCAGAGAACAUGGGGUUUGGGCUGCGACAGCCUGGAGGAGGAGGUGGAGCAGGGGAGGGGGCCCCUGCCUGUGGCAUCACGAUUUGCCACGGAACCUCUUCAGGUCAGCCUGGGGUGAAUAGGUGCCCUCCCUGGGGACUGUGACAAGGAUCAGGGUGAGGUGGUUCCAUGCCUGUGGUCUUCCUGGGUCCCCUGGCCCUCAGAGCCAAGCCAGCUCCUUGGGGGUCCAUGGGCGCCUGUGGUUAGGGUCCCAGAGCCCGCCCGCAGGUAAGGCAUCAGGCGGGUGCAGGCUGUUUGAGGCUCGGACCCCCUCCCACUGGUUGCUUCCACAGACGUCUCCAACUCCUUUCCCUUUCUCCUUCCAGGCCAAAGUGUGUUGCUGACUCCCUGCCUUGGCUCUUUGCCCACCUGGCACUUGCCCACUAGCAUGGCGAGUGGGGGAGCUCAGUGGGAGGGAACCAGUGGGCCACAGGGAGAUGGGGACUGGGAACACGGGCCCACCUGUCCCCUGCCCCCCUUCCUAGGAUGCGUAAUCUACCUUGUCUUUUUGUUUUAAUUUUUUUCCAGAUAGAGUAGCUCUUUGUACAUAAAAAAUACUUGAAAACUUAAUUGUAUGCUGUAUGAGAAGACAGAGCCCCUAGUUUUGUAUCUCGUAUGACUGCCAUGAGUUCCACCAGAAAGCCGCUCUAUUUUGGUCUCUGUGACAUUUUAAAUGCGUGACAGAAGUGAGCAAAUAAAGUGAGAAAGAAAUAUAUAUAUGAGAUAAUAUAGAUUGUACUGAAAUCU